AGGUCAAGAUUACUAGUGUCCGCAGAAGACAUGGGGUGAUAGACAACAGCAUCUUUUUCACCUUGGAUUCCCUGAACCUCCCUGCGGACUACAUACCUCAGCUAUACGAUGUCGUCAACGUGGUUGUAGUUCAGAGCAGUCAGUCCUUCUAUAUGUGGAGAGCACUUUCUUUGGACCCAUUGUACAGGUGUUACUAACCAAACCUUUCAUCCGCUGUUCAU